CCUCCGUAGCUUGAUAGACAACAUAGACGAACCAAUAAAGCUCUGUAGACGCUUUCGUGUAUAUUAGCCACUGUGUAUUAAAACCACUUCUGUCGCCUUGUUAGUUAUCCCAUUUAAUUUCAUAUUUACGGUGUUGUUAUUAGUCAUCUAGCUGGCUGGUUAAGUUAACAUUAGCCUAGCUAUCUAACAUCCCCGACCAUGAGUUCACUAAGCUGCUCUCCUCCAGUUAAAGAAGAGGAGGUCUGCUGGACGGAGAAAGAAGCUCUGGUGAAAGAGGAGGAGGAAGAGGAGGCUGUUACAAUACAAAAACAAGGAGAUGGUGAGGCUGUUACCGUGAAAGAAGAAGAGAAAGACGUUUCAGUGAAAGAAGAGGAGGAUGUUACAAUUAAAAAAGAGGAGGGAGAGAAAGAGGAGGAUGGGGAGAUGACUGUCACGUCGAAAAAGGAGGAGGAAACUGGAUAUCUGGGCCCGGUUUCCCAAAAGCAAAUCAAGGCAUCCAAUGGUUCUAACGAUGAACUUAACCAUAAGAUGGUUUUGAGAAACCGUUCCCUGAUAAACACUAGAGAGAGACCUGACUAUCGGGGAUCCUCUGGAGAGCCUCAACAACAGCAUGAAGCUGAAGAGGCAGAGGAGAGUCUCUUCACAUCAGAACAUCUCAAGAAACAGAAGCGGAAACACACAGGGAAGAAACCUCACCGCUGCUCUGACUGUGGGAAGAGAUUCCCCUCUUCAGCAGACCUCAAAAGACAUCAGAGAAUCCACACAGGAGAGAAACCGAAUAGCUGUAAUCAAUGUGGGAAGAGUUUUGGUGUUACAAGCAGCCUGAAAGCACACCAGAAAACACACACAAGAGAGAAAUUGUAUAGUUGUGAUCAAUGUGGGAAGAGUUUUGUUACAUCUAGCAUUCUGACUACACACCAGAGAACACACACAGGAGAGAAACCUUAUAGCUGUGAUCGGUGUGGGAAGAGUUUUACUACAUCUAACCAACUGACUAUACACCAGAGAAUACACACAGGAGAGAAACCUUACCACUGCUCGGACUGUGGAAGGAGUUUUGUUUCUUCCCAAUAUUUAAAAUCACACAAGAGAACACACACAAUAGGGAAACCUUACCACUGCUCUGACUGUGGAAAAUGUUUUGUUUCUUCACAAUAUUUAAAAUCACACCAGAAAACACACACAGGUGAGAAGCCUUAUAGCUGUGAUCAAUGUGGGAAGAGAUUUAGUCACUCAAGCAACCUGAUGGUACAUUUGAGAACGCACACUGGAGAGAAACCUUAUAGCUGUGAUCAAUGUGGGAAGAGUUUUACUUCAUUUAGCCAGCUGACUAUACACCAGAGAAUACACACAGGAGAGAAACCUUACCACUGCUCUGACUGUGGAAAGAGUUUUGUUUCGUCCCAAAAUUUAAAAUCACACGAGAAAACACACACAGGAGAAAAGCCUUAUAGCUGUGAUCAAUGUGGGAGGAGUUUUACUCACUCAAGGAACAUGAUAUCACACCAAAGAACACACCCAGGAUAGAAAUCUUGUGGCUGUAAUCAAUGCAAGUUCGAAUCCCCGAGCUGACAUGGUACAAAUCUGUCGUUCUGCCCCUGAACAAGGCAGUUAACCCACUGUUCCUAGGCCGUCAUUGAAAAUAAGAAUUAGUUCAUAACUGGCUUGCCUGGUUAAAUAAAGGUGAAAUUAAGUACAUAUUUGGGAAGAUGUUUACUCAGGCAAAUAUCCUGAUAGCCCACCAGAGAACACACAGAGAAACCUCAUAGCUGUGAUCAAUGUGGCAAGAAUUACGCUGGUAAAAGACCUGAUUAAACAUCAGAAAGUACAUACAUGAAGGACUUGUUUCAUGAUAUCAAUGAAAUGAUGUCACAAUGUAGAAUGUUUUAACAUUGUAGUAGGAGUGUUCUAAUGAUGUCAUAAUGUAGAAUGCUUUAACAUUGUAGUAGGAGUGUUCUAAUGAUGUCAUAAUGUAGAAUGCUUUAACAUUGUAGUAGGAGUGUUCUAAUGAUGUCAUAAUGUAGAAUGCUUUAACAUAGUAGAAGGAGUAUUUUAAUAAUUUCAGCAUGAUAUGGAUAUUAGAAAACUACAGGCUCUGAAUUGAAAGAGUAGUAUUUAUAUGAUUAACAUUAACACAAAUAAAGUGUUGCGUUUCACUUCCCGAGUUGGUGACCUACUUGAAUCAAACUGCAACACUCCAAAAAUGUAGCGAGCUGUUUUCUACAAGUUGUCCUCUAACCAGGGAUUACCUUUAUUUAACCAGGCAAGUCAGUUAAGAACACAUUCUUAUUUUCAAUGACGGCCUGGGAACAGUGGGUUAACUGCCUGUUCAGGGGCAGAACGACAGAUUUGUACCUUGUCAGCUCGGGGGUUUUGAACUCGCAACUUUCCGGUUACUAGUCCAACGCUCUAACCACUAUGGCCGCCCCGAUGGAUUUACACCUUAUUCCCACAUUCCGUGUGUUUUUUUAGCUGUUUUAACAGGACGUGAAACCUAAUCUCUCCCCUCUCGCCCAAUUGAUUUCAACGUGAUAUCGAUAUGAGUAAUGACGAUUAAGUGCAUCCCUCUAACAUGUAGCUGACUGUCUUCUGCAGGUUGUCGUCUAACCAGUGAGGUAAAAGAUGUCUCCCAUUUCCAUGUGUUUGUUUAAGUUGUGUUAGUUUCAACAGCAACCUACAACCUGAUGUCCCCCCUAAUUGAUAUCAGUGAUGUAUUUGCUACUUGUCAAAACGACAGCGUUGUUGGUACUUGUGCAGUUCAUAAGGUGCUCGUUUAAAAAAAUACAAGAUAUGUGAUUAACAUGUGGAACACGUUUGUUUCGAUAGUAAAUAUUAUGUUUAGGUUUUCAAUGUAUCACAAACUGUUUCUGCAUAUUGGUUAUUAUUUUUUACACGUUAAAAUUGUUUUGACAUCGGCUAUCCCGCCUAUCAACAUGUUGUUGAAAAGACGUUGAAAAUAAGACUAUUAUGUCCAAUACACAACAGAGUAUAUUCGGUUUUUAUAUUUCAUAAUAUUUCAAUGUAAUGUAACAUUUAGUAAUCACAAUUUAUGCGACUAACUGAAUUUUAUUGGUACAAUUAUAUUGUUUACUAACAAUGUAGUAAAACUAGCUUCUAUUUCUGGUUGGAUAUUACAUCAUAUUCUUACUAUUUUAAUCAAUGUCUUUUCCUUAGAAUGAUCAUUAGUCUCAGUUUUAUUGUUAUUCUUUAGUUUUUCUAUGCUCUUAUGUUUGUUGUGUUGUAAAUAUUUCAGUUUUUAUUUUCAUAGUGUUUUUUAUUACGCAUUGUGUUGCAUCCAUGUCUGAAAUGGUCUGUAUAAAUAAAGCUGGAUUUGAUUUGAACAUA